AUGACUAUCCGUCCCUCUGCUCGUCUUCUGCAUCAUCCCUCUAUUAUUGAGGCCCUUGUCAGGAGUCUUCAACUCAAUAUCGCCGAAUUCUCAUUUGGUGGCUCUGGCCUUUCGUUCCCUGGUGUUGGCUCGCAAAUACCUAACGAACGUGAUCAAACCCGCGACAUUGGCCAACAAGAGCAGAAAGAUGAAACAUAUAUUCAUCAGGGAUUCGUUAUUGGCGCCUUCCUGGCGAUCUUCUUCGCCCAGGUUGGUGUUAACUUCUUGCAUGCUGUUCGAACGGGAAGACGAAGACGACGGUUUCUUGAAAUGCAGUUUCCGCAACCCUUACCCCAGCGGGAUCCGGAGCAAGACCGUGGCUUGAAUAUAGAGCCUGAGAUAAAUACGAAUGCUGCAGAGGAUAGUACACGAGAUGAUGCGGAGGGACGCCCCGUCACAGGAUUCGCUCCUGAUGUUGGAUAG